AGUGCCGCGCCGACCGCCGUGUGAUUCGAACGUUGUCAGCGUCGCAUCCGGACGCCGCCCGCGACUCGCGCUACCCUGUGUACCUGUGUCCUGUGUUAUACCCCUAAAAAGUACGUAAACAAAUCCCUUUAUCAAUCAAGUCGUGAAAGUGCGCAGUGAUAUCGGAGCGGCAUCAACGCGUGCGUACACAUUGCAUGUUUUUACGAGUGAUAGUUAGAAUCUGUUGUAUUCUACAGGGCGCUACUAGUGUGCACUCGUCUCGCGAACCAGCAUGUAGUGGAUACGAACAAGUGAAAAAUAAUUUUAUUGCGUGCUAAACGAGAGACGAAAUGGCCGAGACGAUCGCUUACGAACCAGCGAUGGACGAUGAAGUUUACGAUUAUGACACCACCAAAAUCCCGGAGAUCGUGACCCCUGACGACAUGAACGAGUCCGGGUAUCAGGAGGGCUCCGAGCAGAGCUACGGGGAUCGCAGGGAUUCCAAGGAGGGCUUCGGCGGCGAGGGCGAUUCCGACAGCGGCGUGGACGGCGUGAGCAGCGGCUGCAGCACCGCGGACGAUUGCCCGGUCGUGUCAAUCAACGACGUGGUCGCGUACUAUGAUCACAUCCGGCCGAGGAGGCGGCACGUACCACAGCUCAGCUUCUACACCGUCGACAUCGAGAGGAUGACGCUCGAGGCUAUUGCUCAGGUAAGGAGUCCCUUGCCCUUGGGAUACCCAUCCGGACUUGGUUCAAGGUAAAUGUGAACUGAUAACACAAAAAGAUCUCAGCUCUUUCUUUAAAGCAUGACUUUAACUUAACUUUAUUUUAAUCGUAAAUUAAUUAUUGGUAAUAUUUUUGGCGGUAAGGCCAUAGACGCCAUAGCUCAAUGCCGAUCUCCGUGAGGUAUAAGUAACAAUUUACUAUAACGUCUUGUUCAACCUUCGAGCCGGUGAGCGAAAUCGUAACCACACUUUUUUUUCCUACAUAUUCUAGUAACCUCGAGGGGUUAUUCUAGAU